UUGUAUUUAUACCUACAUGUAAAUAAAUAAAAACAUAUGUUAAUACAUGUUCUUAAUAAAUAGAAUGGAAAAACAAAUAGUAUCUAGCAAUGGAUUUAACAAAACAUCGUUUAAAGAUGUUCCAUUGUCAGCUUUGCAAGAAAAUUCUUUGUUAGUUUUGUAUACUUUAAACCAGGAGCAAAUUUUGCUGGCUGAAUCCGGCCAUUUUAGAGAUUGGCGUGGAGUUUUAGCCUUAGCACCACUAGACAGUACUUUUAAAAAUUUUAUUCUAAAGUCUUCAGAUCAGAAUUACAUGAAAAUUCUCCUGAAUCAAUGGAUGAAAUUAGUCAACAGUAAUUUUGAGCAAUUGCAGGAAACUCUUAAGACUAUUGAUCGACAUGAUGUUUAUGAGGAUGCAUUGGAACACUUUAAAAAAGAUGCCUAUGCUUAUAAGCUAAAAACAUCAAGCGAAACAUCGUUGGAACGAACUCCAAAAGGCUCUUAUAUCAUUACAAGUUUAGACAGAUAUCGUAUAAAUAACGGACUAAAAAUGAUUAUAUACGAUGCGUUCUUAAUGUAUGAUGAAAAAGAUGAAGAUUUUGCUCAACUUAUCAAAGAAACACUUGAAAACUCUGGAAUGCAUAUUUGUAUUAAAAAUGAUUUUUUGGGAGGCAUUCCAUUUGAACAUGAUGCUGCUAUGACUUUGAUUGCAAAACGAUGUCGUCGUGUGAUUAUUAUCAUAUCCAAGCAUUUUCUUGACAGUACAGCAGAUAUAUUUAUGUCUAAAUAUGCUCAGCACAUUGGGAUUGAGCGAUCUAAUCGUAAAGUUGUUCCCUGUUUAAGAGAAGAGUGUCAGAUACCUUCUAACUUAAAAAUUCUUUUCCACUUGAAAUACUACAAAGAUGGACGAUUAUUCAAUUUCUGGAAGAAACUCUAUGAAGCAGUUGCAUACGAACCUGCAGAUAAUGAUUUUAAUAGCGAAGAAUUUGAAGUUAUUCCUCACUAUGCAUAUUUUCCACUAAAUAUUUCUCAUUCUUCACCAAGAGAAAUAUCACAUUUUAAUUUUACAGAAAGACAUAUGGAGAACUCAGUUACAAAUACGAUGGAGAAAGUGGAGACAACUAAAUUAGAAAAUGAAUUACUUACAUUUCUGGGACCAAGUCCACCUACCGAUUCACCAAAUAACUCUACAACAAUAUUAAAUGAUAAAAAAACAAAAAACAAACAAAAAACAAAAACAAAAAAUCCAGUUAAAGUUUUAAAACAUAUCUUUUCCACGAAAAAACAAAAAAUUACUUCAUAACAUAAAUUAACAAUAGUUAACGACAUAAUCAGCUGCUUUUCUUCCACAAAGUUUUUUUUGUUCCAAAUGCUUUUAUUUUAACUCAUUUUUUAUAUCAUACACAUUCGAUAAUAUAUAUCAAUAAAGACACUUAAUAAUAUUAUUAAUGUUAUAUACCAAACUUAAGGAGAAAAAAAAAGAAAAA